AUGCCGGGCUCCGCCGGGCUGCUGAUCAGCGCCUCCAUGGCCGCGCUCCUCGUCGUCUCCCUCUUCACCUUCCUCUGCUCCAACCGGCGCCAGGCGCACCGUGCGUCGCCGUCGCCGUCACAGCGGAGCGUCGUCGACGUGGAGCUCGGCCUGCAGCGGCCGUGCGGGAUCGACGAGGCCGUCCUGGCCGCGUACCCGACCACGGUGUACUCCUCGGCGGCGAGCCGACGGGACGAAGGCCAGAUGGCUGAUGCGGUCACCGCGUCGACCGAUGGUGGCCAGCCGCCGGACGACACGCACACGACGUGCGCGGUGUGCCUGGCGGAGUACGCAGAUGGCGACGAGCUCCGGUGGCUGCCGGGGUGCCGGCACGCGUUCCACCGGCCGUGCGUUGACGAAUGGCUGCGGCGGCGGCCGAGCUGCCCGCUCUGCCGCACGUCGCCGCCUAGCACGUGCGUUCCGCCACCGCCGCCUGCGGCUAUUGACUCCUGA